AAUUUUGUUGUUACGUGCUACGGCAUGCUAAUUUGGACGUUUUGCUUUGGAACCCUUGUUACUAUAGUUUUCGUGACGCUUAAGAUACUUAACUGGAAGGUGCAGUGUUGGUUUUGUGGAUUUUUUACAAGGGUGCCAUGGAGGAAGAAGAAUUCUUUUGUCUGUCAACAGUGUGGUCAAUACAAUGGUUUCACACGCGAUGGAGACUACAACAAGAUUAUACCAUCACAGUUCCAAUCGGAGCUGAAUCCAAUUUGUCGAUAUCAGGCUAACAGCACGUUUAAGUCUCAUUCUAAUAUUCUAUGUUUGGACUGUGCUAAUAAUCAAGCAAUUAUUGUUCAGAAGUUGUCAGAAUAUGUACCAAAAUAUGAAGACUCAGAUGAAGAAUUAAAACGAUACGCUCACAUGCUGGAAUUGACCUACGGACUUUGCGAUGAUUGCCAUAUGAAAGUAAAUGACAGGGUUCGCAAGCUGGAUUCGAAACUUCUACCAAGUUUUAUUGAAUGGUGGCAUGAAAAACGACGUAGAACACCAGUCACUGAGAAUCCUGUUAAGCGUAAAACACGUCGAAAAUAUUUAGCUUGGCUUGAAUUGUUAAUUGUUGUGCGUAUUCUAAGCAUAAUAUGCUUUGCAUGCAUUAUUACCGGCCCAUUAUUAACUGAGAUAAGUAGACAAACUUGUCUUGUUCAUGUUAUGCCGGGGAAUAAAUCAUACACGUAUAAAUUUGUUGAAGUAUUUUGGUCUAAACCUUGUCGACAAUAUUCUCGUGAUUAUUGUUCACAGAUUCUUGCCUAUUCACAGCAUUUAUCACUAUCUAGCGAAGGUCAACUAUGGUUCACGUCAUUAUUGCUUUGUUUACAAGCAACACUUAUCAUUAUAGAUGGUUUUCACUUAGAAAAUGCACAGAAUUCACAUCAACUUUCUAUGUAUCGUCAUGGUGUGAAAUCAUGCACACUUUUGUAUAAUGUUUUAGUGCUUUUAAUUUCAGCAAAUAUUCUGCUCUCUUUGUUAAUGAAUUAUGAAAGUUUCCGUUGGAUUAUUGAUCAUCAAACACCACAUUUUUUAUCGUCUAAUUUCUCUGUAAAAAUUUGCUUUUUGCUUGGUUUUAUCUUUCUACUCCUGAUUGUAAUUAUUCUGUUUGUUAUCAAAAUAUGGUCAUCAUUUUUCUUGAAAGAUUUUAAAUCACAGCAUAAAACGCUGAAAGAGACAUGGCCUAAUGAUACUAGCAUUCAUAGUAAUAGUAAUAAUAGUGCUUCCUUCAGACGUAUAAUAGGCCUACAGUCAAGUGAUAGUAUAAGUUAUUAUUCAACGCCGACUAAUCGUCAUCAUCAUCACCAUCCGAAUUCAUCAAUCAUCAGUAGUCAAGGAUCUUUAAAUUCAAGCCGAAAAUCACUGGAAGAUGAAAUGGCUGCAACAAGAAUAUCACCGAUUAUCCAAUCGACAAAUACGUUUCGACCAUCUGUGCUAGAGAGUGCUAACAGUUAUUGUCCUAGUGUUACUGGAUCCUACUACUCUGUGGUGAAUCCUCCUCCCCAUCAUCCGCCUCCGCCUCCUCCGAGUUUGUUUUCAACUCAUUCCGCUAUGAUGGGGAGACAGAGAGUAGAGUCGUUAAGAUCGAAUGAAGAUGGUUUAAGUUGUCUAUCAAGUGUUAGCCGAUGUAAUAAAGCUAAUUCAGGCUAUUACACAUGUAAUAAUAAUAACAAUAAUAAUAGUAACGAUCAUUUAAAGUCUAUUUCACCAACUCAUUCAACACGAUCAACCUCUGGGAAGCGUAGAUCAUCUGGUUCAUCAAGACGUAAACGAAGAACUGGUCUAAUACGAUUUAUCUUAUUCCUUUUGUUUGGUCGACUUGAAACACGUCAAGAUGUGUUAUAUGAACUGACGUGCCUAGCAAAUGCUGUACUACUUAGUAUUGUAAUUUAUUGUACAUGUCGAUUGAUGUUUUGUUUAAUUAGUAUAUUUGGUAUUUAAUGCGAAAAAUUGUUGACUAUCUAUCUUGUUUCUUUGUAUGCAUUUUUAAAAUUUCUAUUCAUUUUUAUAUUUAUUACUAUUAUUAUUAUUAUUGUUAGUAUUAUUCGCACAAUGUAAGGAAAUUUUAUACUUUACGAUGGUGAAUAGUCGUUUGUAACUGUUGUAGAUAAUUGUAAAUAUUGUCGAAGGAAAAAUAUAAUCCUGUUGGUAUGUUUA